UCCCCAGCCUGCUUCCAGGAGCUAGGACUGCAGAGGGGCCCAGCAUGGUGUUCCCGGGACCCCUGGCUAUCACCCUGUUGCCGCCCAGCCUCACACUGCUGGUGUUCCACCUGUCCUGCUCCACCGAUGCCAGCAGUGAGCAGAAGCUGUGCGCCCUGAGGGAGCACCCCACUGUGGCCUUUGCAGAUCUGAAGCCGUGGGUCUUUAACUUCACCUACCCUGGAGCCCGAGAUUUCUCCCAGCUUGCUCUGGAUCCCUCCAGGAACCAACUCAUCGUGGGAGCCAGGAACUACCUCUUCAGACUCAGCCUUGCCAAUGUUUCCCUCCUUCAGGCCACGGAGUGGGCCUCCAAUGAGGACACGCGCCGCUCCUGCCAAAGCAAAGGGAAGACUGAGGAGGAGUGUCAGAACUACAUGCGAGUCCUGAUUGUCACUGGCCGGAAAGUGUUCAUGUGCGGGACCAAUGCCUUUUCCCCGGUGUGCUCCAGCAGACAGGUGGGGAACCUCAGCCGGACCAUAGAGAAGAUCAAUGGUGUGGCCCGCUGCCCCUACGACCCACGCCACAACUCCACAGCUGUCAUCUCCUCUCAGGGGGAGCUGUACGCGGCCACCGUCAUUGACUUCUCAGGGCGGGACCCCGCCAUCUACCGCAGCCUAGGCAGCGGGCCACCACUUCGCACCGCCCAGUAUAACUCCAAGUGGCUCAAUGAGCCAAACUUCGUGGCAGCUUACGAUAUUGGGCUGUUUGCAUACUUCUUCCUGCGGGAGAACGCGGUGGAGCACGACUGCGGACGCACCGUGUACUCUCGGGUGGCCCGAGUGUGCAAGAAUGACGUGGGGGGCCGCUUCCUACUGGAGGACACAUGGACCACGUUCAUGAAGGCCCGGCUCAACUGCUCCCGCCCAGGCGAGGUCCCCUUCUACUACAAUGAGCUGCAAAGUGCCUUCCACCUGCCUGAGCAGGACCUCAUCUACGGGGUCUUCACUACCAACGUAAACAGCAUCGCCGCUUCUGCUGUCUGCGCCUUCAACCUCAGUGCCAUCUCCCAGGCUUUUAAUGGCCCAUUUCGCUACCAGGAGAACCCCAGGGCUGCCUGGCUCCCCAUCGCUAACCCCAUCCCCAACUUCCAGUGCGGCACUCUGCCAGAGGUGGGCCCCAACGAGAACCUGACGGAGCGCAGCCUGCAGGACGCUCAGCGCCUGUUCCUGAUGAGCGAGGCUGUGCAGCCGGUGACACCCGAGCCCUGUGUCACCCAGGACAGCGUGCGCUUCUCACACCUCGUGGUGGACCUGGUGCAGGCCAAGGACACGCUCUACCACGUGCUCUACAUCGGCACGGAGUCGGGCACCAUCCUGAAGGCACUGUCCACGGCGAGCCGCAGCCUCCGUGGCUGCUACCUGGAGGAGCUGCACGUCCUGCCCCCCGGCCGCCGCGAGCCCCUUCGCAGCCUGCGCAUCCUGCACAGCGCCCGCGCGCUCUUCGUGGGGCUGAGCGACCGCGUGCUGCGGGUCCCGCUGGAGAGGUGCGCCGCCUACCGCAGCCAGGGGAACGGAGCGUGGACCCCGUGGUCCUCGUGGGCCCUGUGCAGCACGUCCUGUGGGAUCGGAUUCCAGGUGCGGCAGCGAAGUUGCAGCAACCCCGCUCCCCGCCACGGGGGCCGCAUCUGCGUGGGCAAGAGCCGCGAGGAGCGGUUCUGUAACGAAAACACGCCUUGCCCGGUGCCCAUCUUCUGGGCGUCGUGGGGCUCCUGGAGCAAGUGCAGCAGCAACUGUGGGGGCGGCGUGCAGUCGCGGCGGCGGUCCUGUGAGAACGGCAACUCCUGCCCUGGCUGCGGCGUGGAGUUCAAGACGUGCAACCCCGAGGGCUGCCCGGAAGUGCGGCGCAACACGCCGUGGACGCCGUGGCUGCCCGUGAACGUGACUCAAGGCGGGGCGCGGCAGGAGCAGCGCUUCCGCUUCACGUGCCGCGCUCCCCUGCCGGACCCCCACGGCCUGCAGCUUGGCCGGAGGAGGACGGAGACCAGAACCUGCCCCGCGGACGGCUCCGGAGCCUGCGACACCGACGCCCUGGUGGAGGAUCUCCUGCGCAGCGGGGGCCCCUCCCCGCACUCGGUGAGCGGGGGCUGGGCCGCGUGGGGCCCGUGGUCGUCCUGCUCCCGGGACUGCGAGCUGGGCUUCCGCGUCCGCAAGAGAACGUGCACGAACCCGGAGCCCCGCAGCGGAGGCCUGCCAUGCAUAGGCGACGCCGCCGAGUACCAGGACUGUAACCACCAGGCUUGUCCAGUGCGGGGUGCCUGGUCCUGCUGGACCUCCUGGUCCCCCUGCUCAGCCUCCUGUGGUGGAGGCCACUAUCAACGCACACGUUCCUGCACCAGCCCCGCGCCCUCCCCAGGCGAGGACAUCUGUCUUGGUCUGCACACAGAGGAGGCGCUGUGUGCUACACAGGCUUGCCCAGAAGGCUGGUCACCAUGGUCCGAGUGGAGUGCAUGCACGGAGGAUGGAGCCCAAAGCCGCAGCCGACACUGUGAAGAGCUGGUCCCAGGGCCCAGCGCCUGCGCCGGAAACAGCAGCGAGAGCCGCCCCUGCCCCUACGGCGAGAUUCCCGUGAUCCUGCCUGCCUCCAGCAUGGAGGAGGCCACCAGCUGUGGAGGGUUCAGUCUCAUCCACCUGGUAGCCACAGGCGUCUCCUGCUUCCUGGGCUCUGGGCUGCUGACCUUGGCCGUGUACCUGUCCUGCCAGCACUGCCGGCGCCAGUCCCAGGAAUCCACACUCGUCCACCCUGCCACCCCCAACCACCUGCACUACAAGGGUGGGGGCACCCCCAAGAACGAGAAGUACACACCCAUGGAGUUCAAGACCCUGAACAAGAAUAACCUGAUCCCCGAUGACAGAGCCAGUUUCUACCCAUUGCAGCAGACCAAUGUAUACACAACCACCUACUAUCCCAGCCCACUGAACAAACACAGCUUCCGGCCUGAGGCCUCACCUGGACAACGGUGCUUCCCCAACAGCUGAUAACACUGUCCUGGGGACUUGGGCUCCUUGCCUUCUUAAGGCACAGAGCAGGUGGAAACGGGACGGUGGAGCCAGUUUGGUUUUCUCCUUCUGCACCUGGCCAAGAACUUGCCGCCUUGCCUGUGGGGGUCCCAUCCGACUUCAAAGAGCUCUGGCUGGCGGUGACCAUGGGGGAGAGGGCUGGCUUCAGGCUGGCACAUGGCUGGAGUUCCAGCUCAGCCCAGGUCUCUCAUGGCCUCCUUGCGACCCACUACCGUGCUGAUCUCCCCUGCCGUGUCUGGGCUGUGGACCUACUGGGCAUGCGAGGAACUGGAGAGUGGAGAUGACUGAGCAGGCUCUUAGGUUUGGGCUGGAAAUGAUGCUCAUGUGGCCCUGACGGGCCGAGGCUGUCCCUCUCUGGCUGGCCCCAGGAAGGGCCUGGGAUCUACCCUGAUUAUCUGUGAGAGGAACUAAGCAAAUGGCCCCAGAAGCUCUGGAUUCUCCGCCCAGGGCCGGGCCACUGUAGUGCUGCCCCAGUGUGACCUGGGGACCAAGGCUGGCCCAGGUUGUCCACCUUUGCCUAGCAGUCUGUACUUUGCCCAGGGACAUCCUUCUGGUCAGAGGCAGUGAGGGCUGGGGACUGAAGAUUGAUCUUUGCUAAGAAGCCCUUUAGUCUGGGCUGGGACAGGCUUCAGCUUUGCCCUCAGAAUGCAGGAAAGGUGGUCCAAGAGAAAGGGAGGCAGGAGUCAACCCUCUGUGCCACUGUGGAGACCAUCUUCCAGUCGCUGCUCAGUAGAGCUGUUGGCUGAGACCUGCUUGGGAGUCUCAGGCCCUUCAUCUGUUCAGGAACACGCACACACGCACACACACACACACACUCAACAUGCUACAGCAACAAAAAGGAUGUUGGGCUGUGGCAUUAUUAAUUAAAGAUGAUAUCUGGUCUCCAAA